GAUGUUUCCUUCCAAGGGCUGGGUGGAGUCACCUGGAAAGCCCUGCCGGGCAGGGGCAUUUCAGAGCCCAGUGAAUUGCAGCCAUGGCUGAAGCCAGGAACUUCCCCAACCCCAAUGAGAUCACAGCAUUGAAAGCCAAACCCCUCCCGCAGCAGGGAAACACUGGGCGAUGGGGACAGACGUCCCAGGACAAGACCUGGAAGUAUCUCUGCCUGGCCGUGUUCCUGAUCCUGCUUCUCAUGCUCAUUAUCCUCUGUGUGGUUCUGUCCAAAGAGCUCCAGAAUGCCUUUCCCUGGGAAAGGGAGAAAGCCUUGGCUCCUUGGGGCUUGGGGAACAGGGAGAGACCCCAGGGAGGUUCUGGAGUCUGGAACACCUACUUGCGCCUCUCCCCAGUCUUGAAGAAAACAAAGCAGGUGCAGUGGGAAGUCAUUCAACUGAAUGAAAAAGUGACACAGGGACUGGGGGGUGCCAGGCACGACCUGGACUUUAUCCGGGGUGAAAUGUUCCGGCAAAUGAAGGCUGUACUGGCGGGCAAUGAAUCCUCAUGUGAGCCUUGCCCCCUGGACUGGAAGUUCUUUCAGGGCUCCUGCUACUUUUUCUCCCUGGACAACCUCACCUGGACCCAGGCUAAUGAUUCUUGUGCCCAGAAGCAAGCUCACCUGGUUAUCAUCAACAGCCGAGCAGAACAGGACUUCCUGACGUCAACUGAACAGGUGACAUCCUGGAUCGGCCUCUUCAAAGAGGGCAAGAGAGGAAACCACAGGUGGACAGAUGGCUCAACCCCCACCUACACCAACUGGGAGUCCAAGGAGCUACGUGAUAAUGGAACUUCCCCAGCCUGCAUGAUGAUACACAAAUACGGAUAUUGGAGAAACUUCUCUUGUGAAUCAGACAGAUUUGCUUUCAUUUGUGAGAGGCGGCAGGACUGCUAACCCAUAUACUCCACCUCUGGGACUGAUGUAGAACCCUUGAUACACAGCCUCAAGCCCCAUCCCUGCCUUCUCUGGAUUCUGGAUUCACAGAGGCAACAAUAGAGGACAUUUCUCCAAAGCCUAGUGUCCUUUUCUUGGCAUUGGGCUUGCUCACUAUUUCAUUUCCUGAUUGCUGCUGAGUGGAAGAAAUGCCCCAGAAGCCAGCUGGAGCCCAUCCCUGCAGGAGGAUGAUAAUUCUUAACUUCCAUUAAAUCCAGGCUUGGCCAUGAUCUCGGUUGGGCCAAUGAAGUGUGAUAGGAAUUGACAUGUGUCACUGUUAAGCAGGAACCUUAAGAGCCUCGUGUGGUUCUGCCAUCUUUAGUUUUCUCUUGUCACAAGACCAGCUCUACCCAGAGAGGGUGGUUCCUUUAGAAAUGGUCCUGCAGUGAAGAAGACCCCCUCAAGCAGAACGUCUGCUGACCCAUAAACAUGACCAAGAAGUGCAGUUCUGUGGCUGUCAGCCACUAAGGUCUUCAGGUCACUAGUUGUUAUUGCAGCAUACUUAACUUAUGCUGACUGAUACAGAGGACCAAGUUCCAUUUCAUAAAAUCCCCAGAUCUGGGGCUUUCUUCCAACACAAAAAGCCUAAAGCUGUGGAUACCGGUUCCCUCAAUUUCAUUCAACAUUACCAUGACCUCAGCCAGCCUCUCCAGCUUCCUCUUCAGCAUCUCCUGCCAGUCCAGUCUCCUCUCUGGUUCCCAGUGGGAUUGUUGUAAGACAACCCCAAAGCCCCUUCACAGUCUGGCUACUUCCCUUUCUUCAUGCCCUUCACACCUCCAUGUGUUUGCUCUAACAGUUUUCUCUGCCUGGAAUGCUCCCUGGCCCUGGCUUCCUGGGAGACACUUGUCCAUCCUUCAUUGGGCCCAAAUCAACUCGUACUAUCUCUGUGGUUUAUUAAGCUUAUUAACUUUGCGAUUAUGAUUUAUGUUGUAUGGUGAGUCUUUAUCCCAUUAAAAAAAUCCUUCAUUCCCUUCA